AUGGCUCCCAAGAUCGCUAUCGUCUUUUACUCGAUGUACGGGCACAUCCGCAAGCUCGCCGAGGCCGAGAAGGCCGGUAUCGAAAAGGCCGGCGGCACUUGCGACAUGUUCCAGAUCCCCGAGACCCUGCCCAAGGAGGUGCUCGCAAAGAUGUACGCCCCGGGCCAGCCGGGCGACAUCCCCCUGCUCGAGGACCCGGCCACGCUGGAGCAGUACGACGCCUUCCUUCUUGGCAUCCCCACGCGGUACGGCAACUUCCCCGCCCAGUGGAAGACCUUCUGGGACAAGACCGGCGGCCAGUGGAUGAAGGGCAGCUACUACGGCAAGAUGGCCGGUUUCUUCAUCUCGACCGCCUCGCUCGGCGGCGGCCAGGAGUCCACUGCCAUCGCCGCUAUGUCCACCCUCACCCACCACGGCAUCAUCUACGUGCCGCUGGGCUUCGCCAAGGCCUCGGAGCAGAUGAGCGACCUGGCCGAGGUCCACGGCGGCAGCCCCUGGGGCGCGGGCACCUUCACCAGCGGCGACGGCUCGCGCCAGCCCUCCGCUAAGGAGCUGGAGAUCGCCAACGCCCAGGGCGCGAGUUUCUACGAGACCGUCGCCAAGUACACCGGCUGA